AUGGAGCGGAGAGGACUUCUGAUGGAUGAUCAAAAGUUAUCCUGUUCCAUCUGUUUGGAUUUACUAAAGGAUCCAGUUACUAUUCCAUGUGGACACAGCUACUGUAUGAACUGUAUCAAAGUUCACUGGGAUGGAGAAGAUCAGAGGAGGAUCUACAGCUGCCCUCAGUGCAGGAAAGAGUUCAUACCGAGGCCUGUGCAGGAGAAAAGCAUCAUAUUGGCUGAAAUGGUGGAGGAUCUGAAGAAGACAAGACUCCAAGCUGCUCCAGCUGAUCACUGCUAUGCUGGACCUGAAGAUGUGGCCUGUGAUGUCUGCACUGGGAGGAAAAGGAAAGCUAUCAAGUCCUGCUUAUCCUGCCCUGCUUCCUACUGUAGUGAUCAUCUCCAGCCUCACUAUGAUGCUCCACCAUUAAAGAAGCACAAACUGGUGAAUCCCUCCAUGAAGCUCCAGGAGAACGUCUGUUCUCGUCAUGAUGAGGUGAUGAAGAUCUUCUGUCGUACUGAUCAGCAGUGUAUCUGUUAUCUCUGCACCAUGGAUGAACAUAAAGGCCAUGAAACAGUCCCAGUUGCAGCAGAAAGGACUGAGAAGCAGAAGGAGCUCCAGGAGAGACAACAACAAAUCCAUCAGAGAAUCCAGGACCAGGAGAAAGAUGUGAAGUUGCUUCAACAGGAGGUGGAGGCCAUCAAUUUAUCUGCUGAUAAAGCAGUGAAGGACAGUGAGAAGAUCUUCACUGAUCUGAUCCGUCUCAUCCAGAAAAGAAGCUCUGAUGUGAAGCAGCAGAUCAGAUCCCAGCAGGAAACUGAAGUGAGUCGAGUUAAAAAGCUUCAGAAGAAGCUGGAGCAGGAGAUCACUGAGCUGAAGAGGAAAGAUGCUGAGCUGGAGAAGCUCUCAAUCACAGAGGAUCACCCCCAGUUUCUCCAGAACUACCCCUCACUGUCAGCACUCAGUGAGUCUACACACUCAUCCAGCAUCAAUAUUCGUCCUCUCAGAUACUUUGAGGAUGUGACAGCAGCUGUGUCAGAGCUCAGAGAGAAACUGCAGGACAUCCUGAGAGACACGGGGACAAACAUCUCACUGGCCGUCACUGACGUGGAUGUUUUUCUUAAAGAUCCAAUACCAAAGUUAAGAGAUAGAUUUUUAAAGUACUUUAAAAAAAUCACCCUGGAUUCAAACACAGCACACAGGAAGCUAAUUUUAUCCGAGGGCAACAGAAAGGUGACAUCAAUUGACCAACUACAGUCUUACCCUGAUCAUCCAGACAGGUUCAUUGAUUAUGAACAGGUCCUCAGUAGAGAGAGUGUGACUGGACGCUGUUACUGGGAGGUGCAGUGGAGCAGAGCAGGAGUCUACGUAGCAGUUUCAUACAAAAAUGUCCGCAGCGGAUCAAAGGAAUAUUUGAUAGGAUUUAAUGAUAAAUCUUGGUCAUUAUACUGUGACAAAGACAAUUAUAUAUUUUGUCACAACAACAUUAAAACUCCAGCAUCAGGUCCACUUUCCUCCAGAAUAGGAGUGUAUCUGGAUCACAGAGCAGGUAUUCUGUGUUUCUACAGCGUCUCUAAAACCAUGACUCUCCUGCAUAGAGUCCAGACCACAUUCACUCAGCCUCUAUAUGCUGGAGUUUAUGUUUCUGCUGGAUCUUCUGCUGAGUUUGUUAAAUUAUGUUAAACAAAACUGACUUGAGGUCCACUUUGAAAAUAAUGAUAUUUUAAUUGAAUCUUCUUUAGGGUUGUGUCUUUCUGGUCUGUAGUCACUAUGAUGCAUAACUAAUUAUUUCAUGUAAUUUAAGAUGCAUGAUUAACAAAACAACAAAAGAAAUUAUGCAAAACGUAUAUCAGCUUUGGAGUCAUUCACUAAUUUAAACCUUAUUUAAAACUAGUUUUUCUUUACUGCUCAGAGAUCAGAUGGCUUUAUUUAACAAUUUUAUAACCCUGUUUGUUGUUUUGUUGAUGUUUGAGUUAGUUUGGGUGCUGCCACUUCCUGUUUCUGUUCAGCCAUGGAAGACUGUGAAUACAUUUUAUUUCUAUGUGAACUGACAAGCAUAAUUCUCCAGCAGCUCUUUAUUGAUUUAAUG